AUGCCCACAGACCCCCAAUCCACCGUCGACAAGCUCGGCAUCCCCAUCCCAGGCAUCCAGGAUCAUGCGCUCAUUGGAAACUUGCGGACCGCAGCGCUGGUUAGCACAAAUGGCUCUAUCGAGUCUAUGUGUAUCCCGUACUUUGACUCUCCCAGUGUUUUCGCAAGAGUCGUCGAUGCCAACAAGGGUGGACAUUUCUCCAUCACCCCUACCUUUGAUUUCAAGCCCAAACAAGCCUAUGCCCCCAACUCGAAUGUGCUAGUCUCCAAGUUCCUCAGCGAACAGGGCGUCGGCGUGAUGACCGACUUCCUUGUACCCAAGGGAGCAACCCAGUCUUCGCAAAAGCCUCACCUGCCUUGGCUCAUCAGGAAGGUGGAGAGUAUCCGCGGCAAGGUUCCCUUCAGAAUGGAGUUUUCUCCCGCCUUCAACUACUGUCGAGACAAGCAUACCACUACAAUGGUUCCAGACGACUCUUCCGCGUCCUUCGCGACCCAGCCUACAAAAGCGCUCUUCACCUCACCCAGCCUGGUGCUCGACCUUCGAACCGUCGCUUGGUCUUCCGACUCGUGCGUUUCUGAUCCCGAAGUCACUUUCAACAUCGAAGACUUUCAAGAGUCUCGCGGCCUCCUCGGGCCUUCCGUCACUUCCAAUUUCGAGCUCGAGGAAGGACAGACUGUCGUUUUUGUGAUGAGAGAAGUGGGGGAUUACAAGUACGAGAGUGAGAAGCAUGAGGAGAUUGCGAAUCCGAGAUCGAUGAGGCAGAAGGAUCUCGGGCUGCCAUUGGACCAAAUGCUGGAAGCUACCAACAAGCUGAGACACAAGGAGAACCCGGUUCUGACCAGGUCGCUCGUAGAAUCGCUUCUCAAAAACACCAACACGUAUUGGCGAAAAUGGAUUGGAAAAAAUCAGUACCAAGGCCGUUGGAGCGAAGAGCUCCUCCGUUCCGCCCUCGUCCUCAAGAUGCUCGUCUUCGAGGAGACCGGCGCCAUCGUCGCAGCCCCCACUUUCUCCCUCCCCGAGCACAUCGGCGGCGUCCGUAACUGGGACUAUCGCUUCACCUGGGUCCGCGACUCAUCCUUCACACUCUACGCCCUCAUCCGUAUGGGCUUUACGGAAGAGGCAAAUGCAUUUGUCGAGUUUAUCUUGAACAGGCUGAAAGAGCGAACCUCGGAUGGGUCUUUGCAAAUCGUGUACACGAUUCACGGAGGUAAAGACCUUGAAGAAAUUGAGCUCUCGCAUCUGGAAGGGCACAAGGGCUCCAAGCCUGUGCGUAUUGGAAAUGGCGCCGCCGACCAUCUUCAACUCAGCUGGGACUCUUGGGUCGCAAUCAGACAAGUCGUGGAUUACGUUUGCACCCAAACGGAAGUCGAGGACCUUUCCAUCUGGGAAGUUCGUGGGAAGAGGAAGAAUUUCCUCUACUCAAAAGUCAUGAUGUGGGUCGCUAUCGACCGCGGUAUCCGUCUUGCCGAUAAACGCUGUCUGCCUUGUCCUCAGCGACAAAAGUGGAUGGACAAGAGAGACAAGUUGUAUGAGGAUGUGCAGAACAAGGGAUGGAACCCGGAGAAGAAGUUCUAUGCACAGAGUUUCGAGGAUCUGGACGCUUUGGAUUCUUCUGUCUUGAUAAUGCCUCUGGUGUUUUUCACUUCUGCCGCCGAUCCGCGCUUCACCAGCACCCUGGAUGCCAUCCUCAAAACACCCGAGAAAGGCGGCCUCACAGCCAACUCUUCCGUCUAUCGCUAUAACGCUGCGCUUUCCGACGACGGUGUUGGCGGCGAGGAAGGGGCUUUCUCGUUGUGCACGCUAUGGUGUGUGGAGGCCUUGACGAGAGCGGGUGUCUAUGACGAAAAGUAUUUGGACAUUGCGAUGAAUAUGUUCAUGGACUUUUUGGGGUAUGGUAAUCAUAUCGGGCUCUACUCUGAGGAGAUCAGCGCAGGCGGUGAAGGCUUGGGUAACACACCUCAAGCAUUCUCACAUGUUACUCUGAUUUCAGCGGCUUUCAACUUGAACAGAGCACUCAGUGGAGCUCGCGUGGAUUAA